UCUUUGACAUAAAAAUGAGAGAAAUGAGGAUAAUUUACAGCGGAAAAUAUUGAAAUAAAUAUUUACAUUGCGCGAAUAACCUUCUAAAACUAAUGAUCAAAGUGCAAUUAGAUAACAGGUUUUAUGACAUAGUUUGUGCAAGGGGCAUAGAUAGGAUAACCUACUAAAAUGGCGUCUGAAUAUGGAAAAUUCGGUCCAUUAGUGGGGGCGAUCGACGAAGGAACCUCGAGCGCCCGCUUCAUACUCUUCAAAGCGAACUCCUGCGAGGUGGUGGUGUCACACCAGGAGGUGUUGGAGCAGCAUUUCCCUCAGGAGGGCUGGGUGGAGCAAGACCCGUGCGCUAUACUGGAAGUGGUGACCACUUGUGUCGCUAGAGCCGUCGAGCAGCUGGUGGCUUUAGGCGGAAACCCGAAGGAUAUAAUAGCAGUUGGAGUGACAAAUCAGCGGGAGACCACUAUAGUUUGGGACAAAUACACUGGGAAGCCCCUACACAAUGCCAUUGUCUGGCUCGACAUGAGAACAUCAUCCACUAUUGAUAAGCUGCUGGAUUUAGUGCCAAACAAGACCAGAAAUAAAAACUAUUUGAAGCCACUAUGCGGUUUGCCGAUGUCUCCAUACUUCAGCGCAGUGAAACUUCGUUGGCUGAGUGACAAUGUGGAUGCAGUCAAACAGGCAAUGAAGAGAGGCAGUUGCUGCUUUGGCACUGUUGACACUUGGAUCAUAUGGAAUUUAACAGGGGGGCCCAAUGGUGGCAAGCACGUGACCGACGUGACCAACGCAUCACGAACCAUGCUCAUGAACAUUGAGACACUCUCUUGGGACCCGCUUCUCAUGAAGUUCUUUGAAGUGCCUAAGUCAGUGCUGCCUGAAAUUAAGUCCAGCUCUGAAGUGUAUGGUCACAUAGCUGCCGGUCCACUAAAGGGCGUCCCCAUAUCUGGCUGCCUCGGGGACCAGCAGGCUGCGUUGGUCGGCCAGAUGUGCUUGCAGAAGGGCCAAGCUAAGGCCACCUACGGUACGGGCUGCUUUGUGCUGUACAAUACCGGCGACGUGCGCGUCACCUCUAGCCGUGGUCUGCUCACCACCGUUGCAUACCAGCUGGGUGCACAGAGCCCGCCGUGCUACGCGCUCGAGGGCUCGGUGGCCGUAGCUGGCGCGGCGUUGAGUUGGCUGAAAGACAACAUCGGGCUGAUAGCAAGCGCCAAGGAGUCGGAGGCGCUGGCCGAGAGAGCGACCGAAAGCGGCAGCGUGGUGUUCGUGCCGGCCUUCAGCGGCCUGUACGCGCCCUACUGGCGGCAGGACGCGCGCGGGGUAAUCUGCGGCAUUACGGAGGAUACGAACGAGUCGCACAUCGUGCGUGCGGCGCUGGAGGCGGUGUGCUACCAGGUGCGCGACAUCCUGGACGCCAUGAACGAAGAUUGCGGCAUACCGCUGCAGAUACUUAAGGUGGAUGGCGGCAUGACGUCCAACGCGCUGGCGAUGCAGCUGCAGGCUGACCUGGUGGGCAUCGACGUGUGGCAGGCGGCCGUGUCGGAGAGUACGGCGCUGGGCGCAGCGCUGGCGGCAGGCUGGGCGGUGGGUGGUGCGGGGGGAGUUCCAGGGGCGGAGCUUGUACUGCCGGCUGCGCGCGUGUACCGUCCGCGCACUGCCGCCGACGAGCGUGACCUGCGCUACCGCCACUGGAAGAUGGCGGUCGAGCGCUCUCUCGGCUGGGAGCUCGACUAAGUGCCACUGGAGCCUUCCUCUAAUAUAUUUGUUGAAGUAAAACUUCUUUACACGCUUGCUUUGGGGAAUAAGUUGGUAAGUGCGUCAUAAAGUGUAAUCGAGCGAGGCUUUUAAGAUGCGUGUCGCCAUCUACAGGUAUAGUGAAACUGUGCUUCUUAUUUUAAAUGACCAGUAAAUGGCGUUCUUAAAGAACUUUGAAACAAUCCCUUUUUGUACACUUCAAGUAUCUGUUGCGAUGCGUUGCAGCCUAACACGCGCUUAUAGAUGGCGCUUUGUUUUUUUUGGAAGAAGUUUUACUUUAGUCGUGUGGUCUAAAGCACACUUGUUUUUAUUUUUUAGAUAUUUGUUACGUUACGCGAUACGCCGGCGCUGGCUAACGAACGUAACGGUAAAGAAUCUAAUCGAAUUUUCAGUAAUUAUCAUGUAACGCGAACCUCAGUUACGGCCUAAAUAUGUAGUCACCCACUCCUAUGGAUGAAUCCUAAUACAGGAUAAGCAUAAUGUUUAGAUAAUUUAUCGUGGAAAUUUACUAGGCGCUGCUCUACUAGAACUCCUUAUCAGUGAGCCAAGUUUCAGAUGUCCACAGUUGAAGCAACAAUCGCUGAACCAAACUAUUGAAGCUUAUUACAUAAACCCCUUACAUUUUGGUAAUCAAUUUUUCGAGGUCCUUGCCUUCGACUCUGUAGAGGGCCGGUCGAUUACUUUAUCUGGUUUCACGUUUGUUUCAUGCCUAUUUUUUUUUACCGCAGCAAACUCAACGUCAACUUGCCACGACCCUCUAAUCGGCACCUUACGUUCCUUACCUCUACUGUUGGUUUUAUUGUAAUAUCGUCUCCUUGCCCUUUUCAAACUUAAGUGGGUCGGCAAAACAAUUCAAUCUCUUCCAUUUGCUUCCCCUUUUACUCACUAGAUGUCCUCUUUUACAUACUCCAGGCAACACUUCUUUUGCCUUCCUGUGUAUCUUGUAUCCUUCUUCUUUUCUCUGUGUAUUUCUUGAUUCCUCCCGAUUGCAAUUUCAACAUUCUUGUGGUAGUAUGACUUUCGUACAUACUAGUCACUUGGAGGAUUCAUGAGUAUUCAACGCCUUCGAACAGCCGUUAAUUCUGCUUGUAUGUUGCGACCGUAGAUAGAGAAGUAAAUAGACAGACAGAAAGUAAAUAUCAUAGUUUCCAUAAAAAAGAUACACACCGGUGGACUAAACGAGAGAAAUAAUUCAAUUGAUUGAUGUCAUGUCACGUGCCUUUUUAUUCAAGAACAACGAUGGUUAAAACAAAAGUUUGAUAAUUAUUGGUAAUAAAGGAGACGUUCCUUUUUAGAUCAGUGGACCUAAUAUUCCACCAAACGACGUAUUUCGUAAAGAGAAAUGGACAAAUGUACGCCAAUAGCAGCGCAACCGGAAAUAUCGCUAUCUCAGUCGUUGCGUUUGUACGAAAGAGAUGAGACUAUAGCUUGGCAACUUUGUUCGUAACACUCCCGAUGUUGCGCGCGGGACGGGGGGCGUGUAGCAAAGAAUAAAAAGACCCACGACUGAUGGACCUCACUUCCCCGAACGCAUAAUAUCACACCCGCGCAGUCUUUCCGCCCGUCACCCGCAUAUCAUGGGAGUGUUAUCAAAGAACUUGCCUAUGUCAUUUUGUCUAUUUCUCUUUAUUUUAUUUACGAACAAGGACAUAUCUGUCCUUGUUAGCACUACAGGUCUGUGCACCAUUAAAAUAUAAAAAAUACAGGGAUUUUAUUAAAAAUAAAAUAAGUGUUUAAAUCGAACUAAAUAACAAAUUGACCACUUCAAUAAAUGAUAAUUCUUGACAAUUGUCAGCAAAUUUCAAACGACAUAAGUUGCAAACUCCUAUUCUAUUCUAUUUGUGCUAAGAAAAUUAGAAAGUAUGUAUAGUCGCCGGCAAGUAAGUUGAACCAAAGUGACAGUUAUUUUCGCAGGUACAACAAACUAGUGUUAGAUGCGUGCUCCGUAGUUGACUACAGAUGACUAAUAAUCAAAAGGAAAAUGCUCAACGGCCAAUACAACGGAGGCCCAGGGAACCCAGAUAAAAAGCAAAUGGAUAUGAUAAUAUGAUGUAUAAAUAAGAAUCUAUAUAAAUAAUUGGUCAACGUGUUUCUAUGGGUACUCGUGGCACCUCUAGCCUUUUUACAUCGCUAACACCCGAUUAUGUGUAGUGUAACUGCGCAUAGUUCAACUUACAGGCCGCUUACUUAUAUAUCUACAGGGCGCUCGGGAGUAUUUCCCAUAACUUCUAGGUAUUAACGAGACCACUUAUAGGAACCGAACUACUUAGCUAAUUAUGUUUUAUAUACAAAGUAAUUCAAACAAUGCCGACUAUCCAUGUAACACACGCCAAGGUAACAAAGCGACAACGUUGCAUUUUGAAACAUAAAUAUCAUUAUUAUAAGGAUGCCUAUAAGGGACACAUUUUAAGAUCUAUUUACAAAAGAAAUAUUAUUUACUCCGAAAAUAUUCAUUUUAUAAUACAUGUUCCUUGAACAUUUUGAAUUAAUUUUUGUUAAAAAUAUAGCCCUAGAGUUAUAGGAAAUUCUCCCGAGCAACCUGUAUAUUGUAAAAUCCUAGUUCGCUUUAACAAUAUCAAAUUGCAAUAUUAAUUUGCCUUUUAUGUUUAUGCUGAUUGUUCCUUAUACAUUAAAACAGCCUUACCUCGCAUACUCACUGACAAUAAAGUAGCCAACUAUAGAAUAUUUAUUUAGCACUCAAGUACCUAAUUAGUACUCAGUUAUUAGUAGAUGUAUCGUAUACAAGUGUAAUGGUGCGCUUACACGGGAAAUGGGGCAAUACGUCAUCAACCCAUAUUCGGCUCACUGCAGAGCUCAAGUCUCCUCUCAGAAUGAGAGGGGUUAGGCCAAUAGUCCACCACGCUGGCCCAAUGCGGAUUGGCAGUCUUCACACACGCAGAGAAUUAAGAUAAUUCUCUGGUAUGCAGGUUUCCUCACGAUGUUUUCCUUCACCGAUUGAGACACGUGAUAUUUAAUUUCUUAAAACGCACACAUCUGAAAAGUUAGAGGUGCAUGCCCCGAAUCGGAUUCGAACCCACACCCUCCGGAAUCGGAGGCAGAGGUCAUAUCCACUGGGCUAUCACGGCUCUAACUCACGGGAAAUGGGGCAAUAAAUAUAGUUAAUAUUUUCUUUUUUUGGUAUAGGUACCGCCUCAAUACUGCAUGAGCAAGAUUGGUUUAUCCAGACGUUGCAGUUAAUUGUUUAAUAUUGUCACGACGUCAUAUUUAAUCAAUAUUGCCUAGAAAAGAUACUCGUAGUAAUUUUCUCGUGUAAGUGCGCCUUAAGAUAAGACAUUGGAACAUCAUUCCAUUGUAUAAGUUUAUAAUAGAAUUUAUUUAAGUACUCAUAAGUACCUAUAUUGGGAACGUUUUGUAUAUUUUAAAAGUAUAAAUAAAUGUUAUAUAAAUACAA